UUUGUGGCUCAAUCUCAUAUAUUUUCACUCUUAUCUGAUUGAAUAGAACAGAGAAUAAAAAAUGGCUCUGUCUUCAACAUCCCUAAUCAGGUUGACACCUUCUCCGUUAAUUCAUCACCACCACCACCGACGCAGAUCCGUUAUCUUCGCGAGUUCUACAGAAGGUUCAAACUCAACAGCGACGAGUUCCCAAUUAACAUCAAACACGACAUGGAAAAUAGAUAGUUGGAAGACUAAGAAAGCACUGCAACUUCCUGAAUAUCCAGAUCAGAAUGAGUUUCAUCAAGUCCUUCAAACCCUUUCCACUUUCCCACCUAUUGUUUUUGCAGGAGAGGCUAGAAUUCUUGAGGAGAAACUCGCUCAAGCUUCUAUGGGUAACGCUUUUCUCCUCCAAGGUGGUGAUUGUGCUGAGAGCUUCAAGGAAUUUAGUGCUAAUUAUAUUCGUGAUACUUUUCGUGUUAUUCUUCAAAUGGGUGUUGUUCUUAUGUUUGGUGCUCAAAUGCCUGUUAUUAAGGUGGGGAGAAUGGCGGGUCAGUUUGCAAAGCCGAGAUCAGAUCCAUUUGAGGAGAAAAAUGGAGUGAAGCUGCCAAGUUACAGGGGUGACAAUGUGAAUGGCGAUGCAUUUGAUGCAGCAUCUAGAACUCCAGAUCCACAGAGAAUGGUAAGAGCCUACCUCCAGUCUGUGGCUACUCUCAACCUCUUGCGGUCGUUUGCCACCGGAGGUUAUGCUGCCAUGCAAAGGGUCAACCAGUGGAAUCUUGAUUUCAUGGAGCGUAGUGAACAGGGAGACAGGUACCGUGAAUUGGCGCAUCGAGUGGAUGAGGCUCUUGGAUUCAUGAGUUGUGCUGGACUUACACCUGAUCAUCCAAUCAUGGCUACUACAAACUUUUGGACCUCCCAUGAGUGUUUGCUUCUCCCUUAUGAACAAGCACUUACUAGGGAGGAUUCUACUUCUGGGCUUUAUUAUGAUUGCUCAGCUCACAUGCUAUGGGUUGGGGAACGUACCCGCCAACUUGAUGGUGCUCAUGUUGAAUUCUUGAGAGGUGUUGCUAAUCCACUUGGCAUCAAGGUUAGUGAUAAGAUGGAUCCAAAUGAACUUGUUAAGCUGAUAGAUAUUCUGAACCCUAAAAACAAGGCUGGAAGAAUUACAGUAAUUGUAAGAAUGGGAGCUGAGAAUAUGCGAGUGAAGCUUCCACAUCUUAUCAGAGCAGUUCGCAGAGCUGGUCAAAUUGUCACUUGGGUUAGUGAUCCCAUGCACGGGAACACCAUUAAAGCUCCAUCUGGACUCAAAACUCGGUCUUUUGAUUCGAUAAGGGCUGAAUUGAGGGCAUUCUUUGAUGUCCACGACCAAGAAGGAAGCUUCCCUGGAGGGGUUCAUUUGGAAAUGACCGGCCAGAACGUGACUGAGUGCGUUGGUGGCUCACGGACUAUUACUUUUGACGACUUGAGUUCGCGUUACCACACUCAUUGCGAUCCAAGGCUUAAUGCUUCUCAAUCUCUUGAGCUUGCAUUUAAUAUUGCAGAGAGACUACGCAAGAGAAGGCUUAACUCAAUCAGAAUUUAGAGAAAAAUAGUUCCCUUUGGAUCAGAAAUAUUAGUGUAAGAUAUAUAUUUAAGUCUGCAAUGGACACUGAACUUAUGUUGGAGCCACCCGCCACCUAGUGUCUUAGAACAUAAAUAGUUUGCAUCAUUAAAUUUUGCUAUUUGAGUGUGACAAGAGAGUUAAAACUCUGUAGGUGUGGGUUCUUGCAAGUUUUGUAGGUCAGAUGAGAGAGAUAUUGUGUCUAUUUGUGUUUUGAGAAAUCGGUAAUGAAUAAAAACUUAGAUAUAUCGUUAUAAUAAUAA